UGCAAAUUGCGAGUUAGUCAUGGGUGCAUUGUUUGGGAAAUCUAGUAAAAAGACGGUUCCUAGUCGCAUUACCGACCAUGACAAGGCCGUUCUGCAACUGAAGCAGCAGAGAGAUCGUCUGAAACAGUACCAGAAACGCAUCGAACUACAGCUUGAAAAUGAUAGAAUGCUUGCCAAGAAGUGCCUUCAGCAGGGAAGAAAGGAUCGUGCAAAGCUAUUGCUUCGCAAGAAGAAGUACCAGGAAAGUUUGCUCACAAAUACCGACAAACAGCUGGAGAACUUGGAGAAACUGGCCGCCGAUUUGGAAUUUGCACAGGUGGAAAUGAAGGUGCUUGAUGGAUUGAAGCAGGGCAAUGCGGCUUUGAAAAAGGUUCACGAUAUGCUCGAUAUUAACGAGGUGGAAAAGAUCAUGGACGAAACACGCGAGGGCAUUGAAAAGCAACAGGAGAUCGAUGCCAUACUAACCGACGUGUUGACCACUCAAGACGAGGAAGAUGUGCUCGCCGAACUCGAUGCCCUGGAGGCGGAGGACCAGCGUGCACAAUUGCCCGAUGUGCCCAGCGAGCAGCUGCCAACCGCAGCCGACUCGGAGGAGGAGGAGAUGGACGAGGAAGUAGAGGAAGUGGAGCAAAAAGCGGCAACCAAAUCAAAGGCAAGCGCUAAAAGAGUGCUAGUCGAGGCCUAAAACUAAAUGCCAUUUUACUUUAUUAAUCUAUUAAGCUCCUUUGAAUGAAUGUGUUAUAUCCCAUGUAUGUAUUUGUCCCAAUGUGAAACAUAUUUUUAUAAGAAUAUUUCUAACAGACUUUCAAGCGCUGGCUUAUUUCGUUGAA